AUGGCGCCAAGCAAGCUGAGCCGUGGCCUUGCCAAGGCACUAUUCAUCGAUCUCGACUAUCGCAAAAACAAUGAGCCCAAGGAGGCCGUCCACUCGGCCGCCGAGUCCUUCGAGUCGAUCGAGACGUACGAGGAGCGCGAGCCCACCGUCGCCGAGUACCUGUACUACCACCGCCCGACUGCUGCGGGAGGCGUUAGGUACAUCAAGAGCCUGUUUCCCUUCUGGCAGUGGAUUUUCCACUACAACCUGCAAUGGCUUCUUGGUGAUGUUGUUGCCGGUGUGACUGUCGGCUUCGUCGUCAUCCCUCAGGGCAUGGCUUACGCCCUUCUGGCGCAGCUCAGCGCUGAGUACGGUCUUUACACUUCGUUCGUCGGUUUCCUGCUGUACUGGGCUUUCGCCACCUCCAAGGAUAUCACGAUCGGAACCGUUGCCGUCAUGUCUCAGCUCGUCGGAAAUAUUGUGCUGCGCGUCCGCGAUGAUCACCCGCAGUACGCUCCCGAGGACAUUGCCAGGUCCCUGGCUCUGAUCUCGGGCGCCGUGCUUCUGUUCAUCGGCCUCACCCGUCUUGGCUGGAUCGUCGAGUUCAUUCCAUUGGUUGCCAUCACCUCCUUCAUGACGGGUGCCGCCUUCAGCAUUGCCUGCGGACAGGUUCCGGCCCUUCUUGGCAUCAGGGGUGUCAACACCCGACAGGCCACCUACCUGGUCAUCAUCGACACGUUGAAAGCGCUACCAAAGGCCAAUAUUGGCGCCGCCAUGGGUCUGUCGGCGUUGUUCUUGCUGUAUCUCAUUCGCUGGUUCUGCAGCUUCAUGUCGAACAGGCAGCCCAACUGGAAGAAGUUCUGGUUCUUCAUCGGCACCCUGCGCAUGGCCUUUGUCAUUCUGCUGUACAUUCUGAUCAGCUGGCUCGUCAACCGUAACGUCGACAAGGCCGCCGAUGCCAAGUUCCGCAUCCUGGGCACCGUUCCUAGCGGUUUCCAACACACCGGUACUCCCAACAUUAGUACUGGCCUUAUCUCGGCCCUCGCCCCUGAUCUGCCCGCUACCAUCAUCGUUUUGAUCAUUGAGCACAUUGCCAUUUCCAAGUCGUUCGGCCGCAUCAACAACUAUGUCAUCGACCCCUCGCAGGAGCUCGUUGCCGUUGGCUUCACCAACCUGUUCGGCCCCUUCCUCGGUGCCUACCCCGCCACCGGCUCUUUCUCCCGUACGGCCAUCAAGUCCAAGGCUGGUGUCCGCACGCCCCUGGCUGGUAUCUUCACCGCCGUCAUCGUCCUCCUGGCUCUCUACGUCCUGACCUCCGUCUUCUUCUACAUCCCCAUGGCCAGUCUUGCGGGUCUGAUUAUCCACGCUGUCGGCGAUCUUAUCACCCCUCCCAAUGUUGUCUACCAGUUCUGGGAAGUCUCGCCUCUCGAGGUUGUCAUUUUCUUCGGCGGUGUCUUCAUCACCAUCUUCACCAACAUUGAGAAUGGCAUCUACUUCACGGUUGCCGCUUCGGCCGCUCUCCUGCUCCUUCGCCUCGCCAAGGCCAAGGGCCACUUCAUGGGCAAGGUCCGCAUCUACCGUGUCACCAAGGAUACCGCCGGCAAGGACGUGCCCUUCAAUGAGAAGGGCGAGUCCCUCGGAGUGCAGACCCGCGAGGCCUACAUCCCUGUGCAGAAGGACGACGGCACCAACCCUGUCAUUGACAUUCAGUCGCCGUACCCCGGUGUGUUCGUGUACCGCUUCGGCGAAGGUUUCAACUACACCAACUGUGCGCACUACAUGGAUGUUCUCAGUGCCCACAUCUUCAAGGAGACCCGUCGCACCGUUCUGGACAAGUUUGAGAAGCUCGGAGAUCGUCCCUGGAAUGACCCCGGCCCCCGCCGCGGCGCCAAGAUUGAUCUCAACGACAGCAGGCCAAUCCUCCGCGCCAUCGUUCUCGACUUUGCCGCCGUCAACAACGUCGAUGUCACCUCCAUCCAGACCCUCAUCGACGUCCGCAACCAGCUCGACCGCUACGCCGACCCCGAGGUCGUCGAGUGGCACUUCGCCAACGUCACCAACCGCUGGACCCGUCGCGCUCUUGCCGUCGCCGGCUUUGGCUACCCCUCCCUCAAGGACGAGCCCAACCUGGGUCGCUGGAAGCCCAUCUUCAGCGUCGCCGCCACGGACGCUUCCUCCGAGACGAUCGAGCAGAAGGGUCCCGUUGAGCGCACCGCCAGCCGCGACGAGGAGGACGUCAUUGCGCCCACGAGGUCUGUUGGCGUGGCUCAGCUCGCCAACCGUGGUGACGGCAAGCUGGCUGCCGUGCAGGGCAUGAAUAGGCCCUUCUUCCACAUUGAUGUCGCUGCGGCUGUCGAGAGUGCCACGGCCAACGCCGAGGCCAAGGGUGAUGUCUCUGGUCGUUCGUCGCCGACCGAGAAGCAGUGA